AUGAAUGUACUGACAGAUUGUAAUAUCAUUUGGUUGGACGAUAGAAAUAUUGAUGACAAAAAUUUAGCUGUUAAUAUUCAGUAUUAUGUAACAUUUUCUUUCUAUACAUUUACUAACUUGGCUGUAUGUUCAACUUUCAUUCUACAUUGUACAUCUGAAUCUCGCAUUCUUCUUAUUGUCGUACGAGAUCACUAUGUUGAUCGACUCUUAAAAAGAGCUCUUAUGUUUCUAUCUUCUCAAAUUACUGUCUUUAUCUAUGUUCUUGGUAAUAAAUGGUUAUUUCGUUGGAAAACAGAUACUCGUAUUCGAGAUAUUUUCCAUGUAGAUGAAGAAGAAAAAAUUAUUAACAAAUUACAAGAAGAUUUACAAAAACAUUUGAUUCAACGUUGGUCAUCUGGAUACUGUGUUUUUAGUCAGAAUGUACCACAAAUUGUAUUCGAUAAAUUAAAUAAUGAAAAUGCUAAAUUCAUGUGGUUUGAACUACUUAUUCAAGUACUUCUUCGAAUGCCUUCAACAACAAGAAGCAAAGACGAUUUAUUGCAACAAAGUUUUCUUGUUUACAGUAAGAAUGAGAAAGUACAAAAGAAAAUUCAUGAAUUCUACCGAACAUAUCAGGCUAAGGAUGCUAUCGUUUGGUAUACCAAAGAUUGUUUUCUCUUUCGUCUUUUUAAUCAAGCCUGUCGUACUGAUGAUAUUGAUCUCUUAUUCAAUUUUCGCUUUUUUAUUCGUGAUUUGCAUCAUCAACUCAAAAUAAUGUAUUGUAAACAGCAUUCAAAACGUAAUCCAGAAGAAACAAUAACUGUAUAUCGAGGUACAAUCAUAUCAAAAGAUGAACUUCAAAUACUUCUGACGCCAACUACGGAAAAGAAAAUUAUUUGGUUCAAUACAUUCGUGUCAACUAGUUUAGAUAAAGAUGUUGCUGAAAAAUUUAUAUGUAAGUCAUCAACCAAUGAUCAAGUAAGCGUUUUAGAAGAAAUACAUAUCGAUGACAAGACAGAUAUGUCAUCCGUACCAUUUGCCGUUAUACCCAAAAGUGCGAUUGAAGACGAACGUGAAAUACUUUUGUCAAUUGGAAGUGUAUUCGAAUUAGAAUCAAUCAAGGAAAAUGUAAGAUUUACAUUGAAUAUAUAG